AUGCAGCCUCCCCGGAGAAACACUGUCCGGCCAUCGGCGCCGGAAAAUGAAUCAAAGCAUUUUAUGAAAGCCAUACUUCCCUCACCCAUUCAUGCCAAGCAAAUUAGAAUUCCACAAGAGUUUAUAACAAGAUUUGGGAAUGAACUCAACAAUGUUGCUACAAUUACUGUUCCCGAUGGCCGUGUUUGGGAAAUGGAAGUCGAGAAAUGCGGCAAGGAGGUUUACUUUUGCAACAAAUGGCAAGAGUUUGCAGAAUACUAUUGUAUAGGAUAUGGUUGCUACCUGUGUUUCAAAUAUGAAGGGAAUUCAAAAUUUUGUGUUAUUAUAUUUGAUAUCACUUCUGUUGAAAUUCCCUACCCAUUCAAAACUACUCAUGGAGAAGCAAACACAAUGUGCCUUAGUCCUAUGAAAAAGUCCAAGGUUACAACAAGUGAGAGUGGUGCUAAACAGGUGAAAAUCAUGUCUAAUUCUGCUUCUAAGAGAGCAGAGAAGGUUGCCAAUGAAUUCAAUUCAAACAAUCCUUAUUUUCGUUGCAAAAUCAAUACGGGAAAAUAUGCGUAUGUUGCUGCUGAUUUUGCUGCAAAGUAUCUGAAGCCAAAUGUUCCUAUAAAGCUCCAAAAUUCUCAUGGAGAGCAGUGGGAAGUUUUUGCUGGAACGCAUGAUGCCAAAUCAUUGGUACCAAUGCUAAUAAGGAGAGGAUUUCCUAAAUUUAAAAAGGACAACAAUCUAAUGCAUGGAGAUUAUUGUGUGUUUGAGCUGAUCAGUGAGAAGCCGGUUGUGCUAAAUGUCACAAUGUUUCACGCAGUUGACUAUGGCGAUUAA